AUGUGUGGGCUACCGUCGUUGACUGGAAUGUUGUUGUGCGGGUUGCUGCUGAGAAACGUGCCGGGAGGCCUGGUGAACGAUUUGCCAGAGCGGUGGUCGAGCGACAUUCGCGCCGCCGGUUUGAGCGUGAUUUUAAUGCGGAGCGGGUUAGAGUUAGAUUUGGACGCGUUUCGCUCGAUAGGAUGGAUGGCGAGUCGAUUGACCGUCAUGCCAGGGCUCUCUGAAGCGAUCGCGUGCGGGUUAUUUUCGAUGCUGAUAUUUAAAAUGUCGUUCCCGCUCGGGAUGUGCUUGGGGUUCAUCCUGGGCGCGGUGUCGCCCGCGGUGGUGGUGCUCGGCAUGUUUGAGUUACAAUCGCUCGGUUACGGCGUGGCGAAGGGAAUUCCGUCGUUAGUCGUCGCGGCGGCGUCGUUUGAUGACGUCGUAGCGAUCACGGGGUACACGAUCUUCAAGUCGUUCGCGCUAGGCAGCAAGGGACACAUGGCGUGGACGAUUUUGCACGGUCCCGUGGACGUGUUGGCGGGUCUGUGCGUCGGCACGCUCGGGGGGGUUAUUUGCGGUAUGACGAAAAUUUGGAACGAGCGUUGGAAGAGAUCGUCCAUGGUUAUGAUUUUAGGGUUGUUUACGAUGUUCUUAGGUCGACAUUACGGGUUCAACGGUGGUGGCGCCAUGUCCGCGCUCGCUUUGGGCAUCUCGGCCAAUAAGUGUUGGCGCACGAACAAGCCGCACCCGGCGCUGACAAACGGACCUUCCGACGAUCACGCGCACGGUGUGGAGACUGAUUUGGCCAAGUUAUGGCGUUUCAUAUUUCAGCCCUUGCUGUUCGGCGUCAUCGGCACGGCGGUGAGUUUCAAAGACGUCACGCCGUCGACGAUUCCCAAAUCCAUCGGUCUUCUCCUCAUCGGUAUUUGCAUUCGUUUGCCCAUGGCUUAUGUAGCCGUGGGCGGCGGUGAGCUAUCGCGAAUCGAGCGCGCGUUUGUGUCUUUGGCAUGGAUCCCCAAAGCCACCGUCCAAGCUGCGCUGGCAUCUGAUCCGCUGGAUUACAUCAUAGAGAAGAAAAAAUCCGCCGAGUACGUGUCGUGGGGCAACGACAUUCUCACUACGGCGGUAUUUUCAAUCAUUUUAACCGCGCCGCUCGGAAUGGUCAUCAUCGCCACGCUCGGGCCGAAGUGGUUA